UGGCUGAUGACACCGAGCGCUGCCUCUCUAUAUUUGUCAGCAACUGUCAUUUACUGCUGCCACAUCAGGAAUUGCAGGGGAGCGGAGGUCUCGGGCUAAGUUUACUUUAAAUAGCUUCAACUGUGCUGACUGCAAAUGUUCAGGGGACUGGCUGCAAAACCAGCGUCUUCAUUAUAAGGACUCAAUCAAGACUGAGGAAUAAAUUACUUGUGUUGACAUCACUCCUGAUCUGGGGUAUUUAUCAUCAUGUCAAACGAAGACGUGGAAACCGUCCCUCCCAGUUCCUCCCCAGCGAUGCUGGAUGAGACCACCAAAGAGUAUUUGUUCAGCACAAACGAGGGGACCCUGAGUAAGGCCUCUGCAGAAGCACAGGUCCCCACAGCACACCUAGACAUAGGGCCUGAAGGGCUCAGCUUCUACAACAUGGACCUCUACGAGUCACAGGAAAGAUUGGAUAUCUUCACCGAGGAGCUGCCUUCCAGCAGGACAGAGGAUGAGCAGUUUGAAGCGAUGGAGGAUUCCAACGAAGGCCGCCCAAGAAUGGAGGAGGAAGAGUAUGACCUUUACACGGCCGAAGUGAGCGAGAUGGCAAGGCAGUAUGGGAUCUGGGACGACAAAGAGGAUAUGGAAAUGGGGUUUCAAACCCAGGAGCCCUUUGUGAUGGUCACGCAGAAACAGGAGCCUGCCAUCCAAAACAUCAAGACUUGGGGUGAAGAGCCUGUCAAGGGUGAACCCAAGGACAGAGGUGCUGUGGAGAAGAGAGGCAGCAUUCAUAAAACACCUGCGGUUGAUGAAGGCGGUUCAAUGGAAACUCACGAGCCUUGCUAUCCCUCAGAGGAGGAUGAGCUCCAAUCACACGAGCAGCAUGUUGGACAAAGACAAUAUAGUGAAGAGGCCUUCGAGGAGGAGGAGUGGGAGGAGGAGGAUUCACAGCCGAUGAAGGCUUCCCGUGAAGAUACUCAUAUUGGGGAGUUUGUCGGCUUCUCUGCACAAACCCAAGAUCUUACCAUGUAUACGGACAACCCUGAAGACUGGUUCAGAGCGAACGAGCACGCACAUGACGUGGAGGAGGAACAGCCAGGAGCACAGGCAGGUGAAGAGGAUGAAAUCCCAGAUGUAUUCUGCAUGGAGUGUAGAAUCGCAAUCAGAGCCUUUGACAAGGUGUUCGGGUCUCACAAGGACCAUCAAGUCACUAAACUGUCAAUCGCCGCAGAAGACACUAAGGUUGAAAUUCAUAAAACUAUGUGCAAGUUAGAAGAACAAAUAGCCCAAAUGGAAAAUUUUGCAAGCCACCUGGAGGAGAUUUUCAUUACUGUUGAGGAAAAUUUUGGGAGACAAGAACAAAACUUGGAGCAGCAUUAUAAUGAGGUCAUUCAGACCCUCACCCAGAGAUAUGAGGAAAAGACCUCGGGACUGGAGGACGAAAAAAAACAGAAACUGGAGAAAUUGUAUAGCCAGCUGGUGAACUGUGGGAAAACCCUGGAUAUUUCAAAGGAUCUGUUAGAAGCUGCUCAGGAGAUUUGCAGAAAUGAAGACAAACUUGCCUUCCUUCAGGCUGCUGUACCCACUGUUGCAAGGAUAGAAGAAUACACUGCCUCCGAUCCAGACCUCAAGUUAUCAACAUCCUUGGAAUUUGAAAAUGAUGCUAUUGAUUUUUCUGAUGUCAGACAGAUGAUGGAUUCCAUUAACAUCGUUCCAGCUCCAUCUGCUCCAGUGAUAAACCCCCAGACUCCGAAUUCUGCCACCAGUACUUCAGUGCGGGUGUGCUGGAGCUUGUUCUCGGACGACACUGUGGAGUAUUAUGAGCUGUAUUACAAACCUGUGCUGGAAGGCACCACAGCUGACGAGAAUGAAGAGCAUGACGCAUCGAUGGUUAAGGUGAAAGAAACGUAUUGCACUGUGUUGAAUUUAGUUCCGAACACACAGUACGAGUUCUGGGUGACUGCAUUGAACACCACUGGCAUCAGCCCUGCCAGUGAAAGAGCAGUCUACAUGACUGUGCCGUCACCUCCGGUUAUCAAGAAGAAAGUGUGCAGAAGCUGUCCGAACGCAGCAUUAAUUCGCUGGGAGUCGGGUAAUACAAACCCAGUGGACUCUUACACAGUGGAACUCGGAGAAAUAAGCAGAGAGAGGAGCGAGACAGCUGUCACAGAAUCCAUAGUUGGAAUCCCUACAUAUGAAUCAAUAAUUCAGUUGCUGUCAGGACGGAGCUACCUAAUCUAUGUAAGAGCUGUUAAUAUAGGCGGACCUAGCGAAAGAAGUGACCCUGUCAUCAUUUAUACAACAGGCACUUUGUUCCAUCUGAAUGAGGAAACUGCACACCCCUCCCUUGCCAUUUCAGAGGACGGAUUCACCAUGUUCUAUGGGGAUGAAUAUACAGAAUUAAAUGACAUCACCCUCAGUGAUAACGCGUUCUCCAGAUGUGUGGCCAUAAUGGGCGAGUUAAUACCAAUUAGAGGGAAGCAUUAUUGGGAAGUAGAAGUGGAAGAACACACAGAAUACCGGAUCGGUGUGGCGUACGAAGACACACAGAGAAAUGGAUACCUUGGUGCAAACAACACCUCCUGGUGCAUGAGGCACGUCAUGACCCCAUCAAGGCACAAAUAUGAAUUUUUGCACAAUGGAUCAACUCCAGAUAUCCGAAUUACAAUGCACCCGAAGCGCAUUGGAGUGUCUCUAGACUACGAAACAGGGAAACUUGCGUUUUUUAACACAGAUCUUUCACAGCAUAUCUACACAUACAAGUGUCACUUUCUGCACUACGUACACCCUUGUUUUGCAUUAGAGAAGCCUGGAGCUCUGACUGUGCACAAUGGCAUUGAAGCUCCUGAAUACAUUACAUUCUCAUGAACAGGCUCAUUGGAAAGUGAUGCAUUUAAACAGGAUAUUUAAUACUAGCUAUUUCAAAUUCCCACAAUGCUCUAGCCAGUCUUGUAUGAUGUAAUGUGGUGAACAUAGCAAAGCUAAUACUUAUGGCAUAAAUGCCUACUUUAUAACACUAGCUUACUUUAACAUCGCAAUGUAAAAUGUUUGCCGCUUUAUUAUUUACCAUCAACAUGAUUUCAGCUUUCAAACGCCUCUGAAAAACAUCUGUAGUCAAGAAUGUAAUGCCAAGAUUUAUUGUACUUGUAAAGAUUUUGCAAAUAAAAGCAUUUAUUCAGCAUCCUACAUCGUAGAAAUGCUUUACACAUUUGAUAUGCAUUCUACAUUGUAACCAAUGCUUUAUCCUGGCAGCACAAAGCUAGGUAAAGGCUACCGCCAGGUGUCCAAAUCCCAAGCUUUCUUUACACAACUAGUAAACCUUUUGAAAAACCAAAGAUUAACAGCACUCAAAUAAAAAAAGUUCACACACAAAAACUGUUAAAUAUUUUAUUACAAUAUUCCAUAGGAACAAGCUUAGUUAUUUCAUAUAAGGCUAUUGUUUCACUGAAAAUCACAGCACAGAAGGGACAAAUAAGACAAGUGUUGGUGCAUUUUAAAUGCAGUUGUCAUCUGCCAAAACAAAAAAAAGAGGGGGUUUCUAUUUUACAAGAAAAUAAAACCCCACCACUAUUUCUAAAAGCCUACAGGUUAAAGAAAGGAAAAAUUGAAAUUAAGUUGAUUUACUUAUUCCUAGUAUUAAGAGCCAUGCCUCACUAUUGGUGUAAAGAUAUCUUCCAACACCUGCAUCUUGAAGAGUAGUACUUUACUGGAAAGGCAUCUUACUGCCAAGAAAGCGGUCUUCCUCUUCAUCUGAAGAGUCCCCACUAUAAGGGACUAACCCACUGCCAUCCCCACCAGUUUUCUGCUUCUUCAUGAAAGCAGCUGGAUCUUGGCUACCUGUAAAAAGCAAAGCAGAAAGAAAAGACCAUACGGGUGCCCCAAACAGCACAUUAGUCGCAGAAAGUGUUCAAUCCACAGCCAGCAGUCAUUCAUGGAAUAUGAAAUAUCAGCACAAAUCCAUGACAGGCAGGUCCAGAAGAAGCACAUGUGAAGAGAACACAAAGGGGAAAGAAGAGAAACAUGUACAAGAAAAACAAGGGUUAGUUUCCAGUGGAGGGUUGUUCGCCAAUUCUCUGAAAAGUUUAAUUUCUCAUUGAUAACAGUUACAAAACCAUAGACUUUGAAG